CAGUGCUUUAUCCACUGCGCCACCUAGCUGCCCAGGAAUGCUUUCUUGAUGAAGCUAAACAGUUAGACUUGGAUCGCUAAACGUGCCAUUUGGAAAAGGGAAGGUACUGCCACCAAAAGAGGUGGAAUGUUUCACAGGCACAUGGUUUAUACAGCUCAAAAUAACUUGGGACCUGCGAACUGACAAAUGCUCUGGCUUCGGUGGUGACAGGUUGUCCAGCUUCUUGCAGCCAUCUUCACUGAAACGAAGGUUGUUAACUCCUCGCUCUCUGUGGACGGCUACUUUCUGUGUCCAAGGACACAGGACAUCCCAUGUUCCUCCUGUCCUUUCAUCUUCAAGUCCUCCUGGAUAAUUGGCAUCGCUUUGAAACACCAGGGCUAGAGAUUCUCAUCUGGGCCAAUUAAGAAAAAAGCAAGCAGCAUGCAAGACGACAACAUAGAAGCAUCAACUUCCAUAUCUCAGCUUCUAAGGGAAAGUUAUUUAGCUGAAACCAGGCAUCGGGGAAACAUUGAGAGGAGUCGUGCAGAGUCUACCCCCAAUCCUUUCCACCUUGGUAGUCUUGCUGGAGCUGCUGGAGGGGGAGGAGGUCAAGAUGACCUUCCAGAUCUUUCUGCCUUCCUGAGCCAAGAAGAAUUAGAUGAAAGUGUCCAUCUCGCAAGGCUGGCCAUCAAUCAAGACUCUGUGGAGAGCAAAGCUGAUGAUUCCCAGUCUAGAAAACAUCUUUCUUCUGAUCCGGUGAAGAAUUCAACUAAAUCAAGUUCUGACCCUAAAUUCUACCCGUAUCGCCCUGACACUCAAGCCAACUCCAAAGAAAGCACUCAAGAGACAAAGAAGCCGCAGUAUAGUUCCGAAACCCAGUCCAAAAAGGUAUUCCUAAACAAGGCUGCUGAUUUCAUUGAAGAGCUAUCUUCCCUGUUCAAAGCCCACAGCUCCAAAAGAAUCAGGCCCCGCACCUGCAAAAACCACAAAAGCAAGCUGGAUUCUCAAAGCAAAGUUCCACAGGAAAACAGUGCCAGUUUUUCUGGUCUAUCCGAAAGACGAGAAAGAUCUUCUAUUCCCAUUCCCAUUCCUCAGGACACCCAAGAUAAUGAAGUGAAUCAUGCCCUCGAACAGCAGGAAGCUGAGAGACUACAGGAAAUUGAGCGAGUUGCCAAUGAAACAACCAGUCCUGACGUCACCCCAGAUUCAUCACCUUCAUCUUUGUACUAUGAAGAGCCUCUGGGACAACCACCACGGUUUACCCAGAAGCUCCGGAGCAGAGAAGUCCCAGAAGGAACCAGAGUGCAGUUGGACUGUAUAGUAGUAGGAAUUCCUCCGCCUCAAGUAAGGUGGUACUGUGAAGGGAAGGAGCUGGAAAACUCACCUGACAUUCAAAUCGUCCGGGUGGGAAACCUGCACUCUUUGACCAUCACUGAAGCCUUUGAGGAUGACACAGGGCGUUACUCGUGUUUUGCUUCCAACAUCUAUGGGACAGAUUCAACUUCUGCAGAAAUUUAUAUAGAAGGUGCUUCAUCGUCUGACUCUGACGGGGACAUUAGUAAAGAAGAUAUGAAUCGGGUCCAGAAGCCAAAUGAGGUGCCAUCACCUCCUACUAAUUCUGCAGUCAUCCCCCAGGAAGGAGCAGAAUCACAGCCUAGAGUGGUCCAGCCUAAUGUAUCUACCAUUCAGCAGUGUCAGAGCCCCACAAACUACUUACAAGGACUGGAUGGAAAACCUAUAAUAGCAGCUCCUGUGUUCACAAAGAUGCUGCAAGAUCUAUCAGCCUCUGAGGGUCAACUAGUUGUUUUUGAAUGCAGAGUUAAAGGAGCACCAUCCCCCAAAGUUGAGUGGUACAGAGAAGGGACAUUAAUAGAAGAUUCUCCAGAUUUUCGAAUUUUACAGAAAAAACCACGGUCCAUGGCUGAACCAGAGGAGAUUUGUACGCUGGUCAUUGCAGAAGUGUUCUCAGAAGAUUCUGGGAAUUUCACUUGUACAGCAAGCAACAAGUACGGCACAGUGUCAAGCAUUGCACAGCUGACUGUGAGAGGGACUGAGGACCAUAGCAAUAAUAUGGCUCAUCACACAGCCAAUUCCAUGGGCAACUCAACUGUUGUUGAAAACCAAUCACCCCCACCUAACCCAGAACCCCGUUCCAUGGAACUCCCCAAACCCAAACUUGAAGGGGUUCUGGUGAAUCACAAUGAGCCCAGAUCUAGCUCUAGGAUCGGUCUUCGAGUGCACUUCAAUUUACCUGAAGAUGACAAAGCAAGUGAAGCAUCUACAGAAGAUGGAGCAGUGCUGGACCAGAUCCAAGCUGAUCUUUUAGAGGAUCGGUUCAAUGGGCAGAUAGCAAGGAUACCUGAGCCUUCUUCACCUGUCAAAGAGCCCCCUCCGGUACUAGCUAAACCAAAACUUGAUUCCAGUCAGUUACAACAGCUCCACAACCAGGUGUUACUGGAGCAGCAGCAGCUGCACUUCCCCUCUUCCUCAUCUCCUCUCAAUCUGAGCACAACCAACUCCGCUGCUCCGUGCAAACAGACCAAGGGCCCCCGGCCACAGGCCUUCACCUUCCCGCGGCCCAAACCGUUCUUCCCGUCUCCGAAUCCGCCCGCGUCUGCCCCUCCGGCCAUGCAGAGGACGGCGAGCAAGGAGAGCCUUUUGGGCCCCCACGGCUCAGGGCAGACUAGAGUCCUCGCGGCUUCGACCAACCCAAAUGAGCCGCCCUUGGCCGGCGCCCCGGACCCCGCUCCGCCCCCGCUCGCAUUCGCCGUCUCCAGCGGGAACCACUUCCAGCCCCGCUGUGUGUCCCCAGCUACAGCCGUGUCUCCUACGAGCCGAAUCCAGAACCCGGUGGCCUUCCUCAGUUCCGUGCUGCCUUCGCUCCCGGCCACGCCGGCCACCAACGCCAUGGGCCUCCCGCGGAGCGCGCCCUCUGUGUCAUCCCAGGGAGUGAUAAAGAAAAAUCUAAAGUCUCCUCAGCUAGUGACAGAUGAGCAUAUUCGUGAAAAUAAAGCUACAAUGAUUCAGGACUUGGAAAAAAAAGUGCAUUUCAGUGAUAUCCGAUCAAGCCAGCAGGAGUACAAGAUUUCAAGCUUUGAGCAGAGGCUAAUGAAUGAAAUAGAGUUCCGUUUAGAACGUACCCCUGUGGAUGAAUCCGAUGAGGAAAUCCAGCAUGAUGAAAUCCCUACAGGCAAAUGCAUAGCUCCCAUCUUUGACAAGAGACUCAAGCAUUUCCGGGUCACAGAAGGCUCUCCAGUGACAUUCACCUGCAAAAUUGUUGGGAUACCUGUUCCAAAGGUUUAUUGGUUCAAGGAUGGAAAACAAAUUUCUAAAAGAAACGAACACUGCAAGAUGAAGAGAGGGGGGGAUGGGACAUGUUCUCUGCACAUUGACUCAACCACCAGCAAUGAUGAUGGAAACUACACAAUCAUGGCUGCCAACCCACAGGGGAGAAUUAGCUGUUCUGGACACUUGAUGGUACAGAGUUUGCCCUUGCGUGGUCGACUUACACCAACUCAUUCUCACAGAGGGAGAACCCGGAUGCAGGAGGGAGAUAAAGAACCUUUACAGGAGCGAUUUUUCAGGCCUCAUUUCCUUCAGGCUCCUGGUGACAUGGUUGCUCAUGAGGGCCGGCUCUGUAGACUGGACUGUAAGGUGAGUGGCUUACCACCCCCAGAACUGAUGUGGUUGCUCAAUGGUCAGCCAGUACUGCCAGACAGCACCCACAAGAUGCUGAUUAGAGAGACCGGAGUCCACUCUCUGCUUAUUGACCCUCUUACCCAGAAGGAUGCUGGAACCUACACGUGUGUUGCUACCAACAAAACUGGACAAAAUUCAUUCAGUCUAGAGCUCACGGUAGUAGCCAAAGAAGUGAAGAAAGCACCGGUGUUCCUAGAGAAACUACAGAACAGCGGUGUGCCUGAAGGCCAUCCUGUCCGGCUCGAGUGCCGCGUGGUGGGCAUGCCGCCCCCAGUGUUCUACUGGAAGAAAGACAAUGAGACCAUCCCUUUCACCAGAGAAAGAGUCAGCAUGCACCAAGAUACAACAGGUUAUGUCUGCCUCCUCAUCCAGCCAGCCAAGAAAUCAGAUGCCGGAUGGUACACACUAUCUGCCAAGAAUGAAGCUGGCAUCGUGUCCUGUACUGCCAGGCUGGACAUCUACGCCCAGUGGCACCAACAGAUUCCACAGCCCAUGUCGGUACGACCCAGUGGCAGCCGCUAUGGAUCCCUCACCAGCAAAGGACUUGACAUUUUCUCGGCCUUCUCAUCUAUGGAGAGUACGAUGGUGUUUUCAUGCUCUUCUCAGAGUAUGGUAGAAAGUGAAGAACUUUAAAAACCUCAGGGCUCCUGCUGUGGAGGUGAAGGACUGUUGAGAGAAGAGAAGCCCACUGUCAACAACAUGAAGAGAUAAGCCAAGACCUGGGAGGUUUCCAAGCAACUAGUUUUUAGUAAGUUAUCACACAGCUAGACUUGUUGCAAGGAAUACUCUGAGCAAGUAGACUGGGGAGUCUCCCCGUCACAGCAGAGGAAGAAAGGGAGUGACAAAAGAGAAAUGUGGAGAGACAGGAUAAUUAAACCCAAAACACCACACGGUAGUCUGCCACUACUCUGGGCAAAAGCUACUGCUCUGUCCACCCCAUGCUGUGUUAGAGACGCGUAGUGCUACACAAAAUAUUCUCGGAGGCAAUAAGCUUGUGCGUAUGAGGUAGGCACCCUAGUGCCCCUAGAGUAGGGUUAACUCAUCAGAUUCGGGAGGAGGGAAAGAGGCUGAGAGAUCAGGGCCUAUUCUCUCCAGCCAUGCCAACAGUAGUAAUUUGAGGAGAGCUCACCAAAUCCACUUUGUUAUAGCGUUAUAAAGGAGUAAUGUAGAACAUAUGCACGGAAAGAAACAAGGUCAUCUUUUUCAUCUUGGGCAAAAAAGUGAACUAUACAAUACAUGGCUGAGAAUGAGUAAUGUGUUUAUCAUAGGCCUCCAAAAGUACACAAUGAGGUAUAGUAACAUCAUGUAAUGCACAGACAACCACUUUGUGAUUGGCACUGAUGCCUAUCAUGUUACCUGCUUCAUUUUCUUUCUGUUUCUGAGUUUGACUACUAAAUUAUAGUCACCAAGGACUGAUUUUCCAACAUAUGUCAUAACUAGUUUAUUCCUGAUUUAUUACACCCCUGUAGCAUUGAACUAGUAGAGUACUUUGGUUGAACUAGCCAAAGAGGAACCAUGGAGAAAUGCUGAGAGAUCUCCAACAGCAUUUAAAGAACUACUAACAUAUGUUCCUGCUUCUCAAAUGGGAAGAGGUCAUCUCAUAUUACAGCAACAGCUUAGCGCAUAAAGAAAUCAGAAAAGAAAGACCUCAUCAAAACCUUUUAAAUGUGGAAUUCUAUGAAGAAAGAAGAAAAUAUCAAAUUAAGUAGAGGAGGUUAUGAAAAAUUCUUGGUUUUAAAUUUCUUCACCAGGGCAAUGGGCUGUUAGAAAAAGCAGGCAAUCUCACAUUUUUAACUCCUUUGAGAUCCCUUGCUAAAAUGCGGCAUCUAAGUAGAAACCAUUGCGCUAAGGUAAAAACGAGAAGAGAACUUCUCAUUCAUCAGUUCAGACUCUAUCCUGGUCACGGAUGAAUCUGCAGGGUCAUGAGUUGAUGGUGUCUCUCUGUCCCCAGCCACUUGUCUUCAGGUAAAGUCUCUCGUGUCCUUUUCCCAAGCUUCCCCUGGAGGCCUAGGGAUUCAGGAGCCUGGGGAAAGCUUUUCAUUUGUUGAGCUAUUAGUAUGUGAAGGGCACCAUGAAAAGUACAGAGAUGAACCGAGCAUGAUUCCUGCCCUGAACAGAUGAAGCAGCCACACAGAUGACUGGCAUUCCUCUAGGCACAAGCAGUGAUUGCUGAGUCAGAGAUUCCCAGUGAGGCUCGGUUUGCCCCUUUUCUGACUCUAAAAAUCACUUCAGAAAUGGGUCGUAAGAUGCUCGAUCAUUGAUUGCUAAGGAGUAAUGGUUUUACUUAAGUUAAUCAGAGAAAAUGCUGGACUUUUUAUUUGUCCAAGUAAAACCUCACAGUACAGAUAGUGAUAUUCUGAGACCCUGCAGCAAAAUGGACUACAAAGCCAAUUUUGACCAAAGGAACCCUAUUUCCUCAUUGAGUUCUAUUAUAAAACUUGAAAAGUUUUUGUUAGAAAAAUAUUCAAUAGAAUAAGUUACAAAAUAUUUUUAGUAAUAAGAGGCUAUUAAUGCAUAUGCAUGACUGUACUGACUCCUCCCUCUACACCUCCAUUAGCCUCUCAUACCCCAUUUUUCCUAAACCCCACAAAUUUCCAAGGCUGGAAGAUUCUUGGAUUUCACACUUGAAUCUCUCAGAACUCAGAUUUCCUUCCAUGUCAUUAUUUAUUUGUUUAAUGUCUGUUCAUGAGCUAGAGUGGAAACUGCUUCAGGGAAAGGACUGUUUAGGGAUUUCUCUAUCUUCAGCAUCAUCAAACACAGGCUCUUGCACAUAACCCAUAACUCAUAAAUAUCUGUUAUAUGAAUGAGCCCCCCCUUUUAACUAAUAGAUCUUGCAUUGUGAUCCAGAAUGUAUUUCAACCUGUAGAUCUCUUCCUCAAGUGUGAGGUUUGGGUGUAGGAAAAGCGAAUUAGUGCCCUGUGAGUUUGAGAUUCUGUAAAGAGUUCAUGCAAAAGAUAGAAUAUUAUUAUGAGAAAUUUAGUUCUGGAGAAGGGGGAAGGGGAAACAUAAAUUCCAUGUAAAUCACUGGAUCUCUAAUACAUGGCACUGACUCCAUAGAGAAUCACUUUAUCACCCUGAACCAAGCAAUUUUACUUGACAGAUGUAUCUUAACUACCUACAUAUAUGCCAGGUACAGUGUUUUCUAACUGACUCGAUAGAGUGAAAUAAAGUCAGGACCCUAGGUCUUAAUGCUGAGAUUACUGAAAUGCAGGGUCCCCUGCCUUAUUGCAGCAUUGAGCGAUUGCUGAGUUAAUUACAGUGAAUACUGACAAGGUUGAAAGACUGCUACUGACUUCAAUAAAGCUUCAUUUUUGUUUUUUCAAAAUGGUGCAUAGCAUCUGAAAGAGGCUGGUACAACCAAGCUGGCCUUUUAAGUAAACAUACCGUAGAAAUUCAAUAAUUGUGCUUCUUCCCUAGCACACUAAAGGCUCCUUCUAUAGCCAGUUCUUCUUUAGGCAUCAAAAUCAUAAAUGGGGAGAGUAUAGGUAACUAAAAUUCACAGAUAACCCUCAAAUCUCAUUAUAGCAAAUAGUUCAGACCCCUUUCUUUGAUCUUUCAAAAUCUCCCAAGAGACAAUAAUAUUGAUAGGAGUGCUCAUUCCCCUCUCUGCCUCUGCCUGUCCUUUUGUAGUUACCUAAUGAAAAGGGAAAUAGCCAAAAAGCAGGAGAGGAAGCAAGAGAGCUAGAUUAACCACUCGUAGAACUCUGGGAAAUAUACACAAUUCUCUCUCUUCAAAUACAGUAGGUUUGGUGACAUUGUGUUGUUGUUGUUUUUCAUCAGAACACAUAGCAAGCAUGAGAACUACAAUCCAGUCCCAUGAAAUUAAUUUCCUCAAGCUACUGUCCAAGUCAGACAUGAUGCCAUUUUAGCAAUAUUGGACAAGCAACCAAUGGGACCCCAGUAUAAAAAGUCCCAAAUUUACAAAUGGAUAGUAUUCCAGAAGUUCAUUUAUAAGUCAGUGGUUUUUCAUACAAAAUGCCUUUCCCCCUCCCCCUGCCAAAAAAAAUCAUGUUAAAGUGGUAGUUAAUAUCCCAGACCAGCCUGGCUAACCAGGGAAUCUCAAACCCACAGUUCAAGGCUACUUCAUAGGUUUGCAGCCUUCCAAAUCAUAUUACAAAGCCUUUUGAAGGUGAUACCAGUAUCUCACAUAAAUGUUUUUGUGAUGAGAAGCAGAUAUUUAGAUUAAUAACAGAAAAAGACAAUUAAGUUUGACACCACCGAAUUCACCUCUAGUGUAGCACUCAGAGUAAGUAGUCACUUGAAUUCUGAGCCCUGGUAGCAGGGAGCUUUGUGAUAGAAAAAUAAAAAAGAGAAGUAUACUCUCCCUUCCCUGGGUAGAGAAAAGGCUAAUUCAAGGCAAAGUUUUUAAGUCCAGCUUGUCUUUGGUGCCAUCUCACCUCCCUUUUCAAAAUCCCUCUUCUACCCUCACUAGAGGGCACUAGCCCCUUUCUCUAGUCCCACCAUGCUACCCCCCCAAGACCCCCGAUCAAUUUCCUUACCUCAAGUUCUCCAUGCUACAAUAUCACUUCCCUGCUCUCUCCAGCUCCCAAACCUUAGAACGCCAGCAAUCACAAAACCAAUAGGGUUGCACCUAACCCUUCUCUGAGAGGUCUUAGACCUUUUUAAGAGAGGAUGCUUGCUAACACAAAUGAGUCUCUAAUGAGCAGUAAAGUAUAUCCAUGUUAGGCAAAGUAAGAGAAGGUAUUUUGACCAUCAGAAGUCGGUUCACACAGCUAGUAAGUGUCUGAGGUGGGACUUGAACUCCUGAAGAUGAGUCUUCCAGAUUCUAAGGAUCUAAGUUUGUCACCCCCUAGCCACCUUGUCUUUGUUUAGUAAAUACAAAAGAGCUUCUGAACCCUGACAACCCCACCCCUAGCCUCAUCAGCAUGCCAGCAAAGUUGCUAAUAUUGUGUCUUUAAAAGCAAAAAAAAAAAAAAAUACACAUUUUGAAAAUGUAUUUGCCCCUUAUUUCAGCCUGAUUACAUCAGUGAGCACACUAGGUACCGUAGCAGCAGAGAUGUACUGUUUUUGUUCAUGUGUAAAUAGUGGCCACUUCCUUCUGAGAAAGAAUUGCUGGCCUUGAAAUUGCAAGAAUCAAAAACUCCUGAAUUUCAGUCCUCUGAGAAUUUUGCCAUUGAUGCUUAGACCAACCAUCAAUGUGAAGACUGUGGUAGGCAUUAAAAACCACUCUGAGGAGGGAUCUACAUAUGACCAACAGAACAUUGUGGCUGACCAUUUGAAAAGAAAGGGUUUGCUAUUUAUUAUUUACUAAAUUUUAAAACUUAACAAGAUUAUAAUAAAAUGGAAAUGAAAAAUAUUUUCAUGUUUCAAAUAAAUCUGCAUUUUUCUUUGCAGAAAAUAGCUGGUUUCAAGAUCUAAAGGUUGCCUUGUAAAAAUGAACAGAAUUGGGAUUUGCAAACCUUCAAAUAGCUUUCAAAAAUGAAUCAUGUUCAAGUAAUUACCCAAAUGUGCGUUAUGCAAAUUAUGUUAAUAACUGCAUGGUUCAUCUUGGUCAAGUUAUCUUUGCAAUAGUUAAAGAUCAGGCCAGCUUCUUAUCACUUGAAACUGAAAUCCAAGUCUAGAAUUCCACAAGAAUGAGGAGAAAGCAUCACAUUCUGGGAAGUUGGGUUAAGUCUGCUCUACAUAUCCCACCAAUGAUGAAAGAGGCGAAACAGAAAUGGAGGUUGCAAGAUAGGGUGGCUAAUUUAUACUCAGGAAUAAUGGAGAUAUCAGUGAAGCUGAGUGGAGUUUAAUCCCCUUGAGAAACACUGGUUAGUUCUGUACCAGCAUGGCAAGGUGAAUCACCCUGAAGUACAGGGUUAUUUUAGAGAGAUUCAGUGGACUCCCAACCAGAAUAACCAACUCUUGGCCAUUUCCCCACAGUUACUGUUGUGACAAAUUAGUCAGGUGUCUUGGCAGCCAAAGUGGUGUCGAAUUUUGCUAUUUUAAGCAGUGUAAAGACAAAAUAUUGACCCCCUACAAAAGGUGUGGAGAUAACUUUUAUGCAACUGUGUUUCUCCACAUCAUCCCCACAACAGAUGUAUCCUGAAGAGUUGUGUGUAAAUCAAAUGAGUAUGAAUCAAGUACCAAAACCAUGAUUUCUUUGAAUUACCUAUUGAUUUCGAAGAUCCUUUUAUCCUGUUUUCUCAAUGAUCUUCAAUUGGCAGUGGGAACUCCAUCCCCAACGUCUCUCUCAUUUACUUAACACUGAAAAACACUUAAAUGCACUAGAAAAGUACUAAGAGACAGUAAUUAUGUGGCUGAUAAUCCUCAACCUGAGACAUCUGGCAGUGGUUUAGUUAGUUUAAGGAGCAUCUCAGAGCUCCGGUACUUGAUUUUUUCAGUUUUUGUUGCCUCCUCCCAGUCCCUGCGCCAAAAAGUAAUGAAGCAAGCAUCACAGUAGAAACCCCCCAAAGUGGCAAAUUUAAAAGAAAAAUAGUCAAAAUCUUAAGCAAAUUUCAAAUUAAAAUGCAGAUCAAUUGAGGUGAUUUUCAAAAUUCAAAUGUAUUUUCCUACCCCACCAUUUUUUUUCUUUUGUUAACUUUUUUCCAGGCAAGAUAAACUAUAAAGGUGAAACUUCUAUAUGUAAAAUCAUAACCAAUAAAUCAUUUGGAGAAAAAAAAAAGCCCUCUUCCAAAAAUGCCCUACCUUUUUCUUACAAACAAAUUUCUGUUUUUCCAGAUAAGCCAGGGAAAUUUGUUUAACGACAAGACACUACAGCCUGCCUCAAGGAAGAGUUCAUUUGUCUAAACUCUGCCUCCUGCUUUUUGGGGCCCCUGGUUACUGGCUGUGGAUUUGAUUGAGUUCCCAUAGGAAGACCAAAUGCAGUCCCUGGUUUCUUUUCUGCUGUAGAGCAGGAUAAUUCCAUACACUAUUCUAGACAUAGUCACGAAGAAGCUUUGUUAUGGGUUCUGGUGACUUCUCACUAAGUGACCUCCAUGUUGAAAUCUGGAAUUUGGCACUGAGAAUUACAAACCAAUAUGUGUCCUCAAAGAUUGGUAUCUCAUGGCUUGGUCUCUUCUCAAAAUAUUUUUCAUUCUUUUCAGAUGCUUCCCAAUCUGAUUUUAACCCUAGCAAGUGUAUUUUAUACAUCAGGACUUAGCAAUGUGCUUUUAAAAAGAAAACCAUCCUUUGAAUUCUAGUCCUGAAAGCAGUCAUUUUACUUGCUUCACCCCCAAACCCCCCAAAAGGUGAAAUGUUGUUGAUGUUUCCUUUCCAUCAAGCUACAUGAGCCCACUCCACUUGAACACACUCCAUUCCCCAGAAGGUUCCCAAAUAUGGCAUAUCUCCUUUGGAAGAAGCUGGAACCAAGUAAUUUUCUCAAAUAUUUUGGAUGUUAAAAUCUCAAGGGUGGGGGGGGGAAAGUAUAAGUAACCAUCAUGAAAUGAUUAAAAUACCUUUGUACUGUAUAUUUUGCCUAUGUUGCUGAAAAAAAGAAAUAAUUCUGGUCUCUUUACCUGUUACCUGACAUUGUGCAUGCUGGGUUUUCUGUCAAGCUUGGAGCUACCACCACCUUAGGGCAAAUUGUACCUAUGAGAUGCUACUGACCCCUCUCAGAAGGUUGGGGGGGGCUGUACGUACCCUCAUAGACCAUGUAACUAACAACUAUGCUUGUUGCUAUUAUCUAGACAUGCUUUUUUGAAGUUUUGUUGGUUGGUUUUGUUUUGUUUGGAAACUGCUUUUUAAGCUAUCAUGGAGCAGCUUAGUAACUUUUAAAACACACACUCAAAAAAAUCUUGGGAUCUAUGUUCCGCUCAAACUGAUCAUUUUAAAGCAAUUUAGAAUAUAUGACGGACUGUUUCUUCUUUAAAUAAAGUUUUGCUUAUUGUCAAUUAAUUGGUUUUGAUCCCAGAUUCAUUAUGCAAAAUGAAGGACUUUACAUUAGACUCUUAUUUCAGACUUCCUUCUUGCUACCUAUUGGCUUUCUUUGGCCCUUGAGUAUUCUUUGGAUUUGCCACC